UCCCUCCUCUAGGAGAGAGUUCUCUCCUUACUUCCUCCUCUCCCCUCCACCAUGGCUCGAUCCGUGGCGUCCUCCUCCUCCAUCUCCACCAUGCCGUCCUCCUCCGCGGCGGCGGCGGCCGCCGCCCUAGAGGCCGUGCAGGUCCUCGUCACCUCCCUCGCCGACGAAUCACCCGUCGCCCGGGACGCCGCGCUCGCCGCCCUCCGCGAGAUCGCGCCGAUGAACCCGCUGCUCGUCCUCGACUGCUGCGCCACCGUCUCCAGAGGCGGUCGUCGGCGGUUUGGCAAUAUAGCUGGGGUUUUUCUCGUGAUGGCUUCUGCAGUGAAGGCUCUCGAUCGCUCUGAUGCUGAGCGUGAAUUUCUUCGGAAACUUGCGAAGAUUGCAACAGCAGAGAUUGUUAGCUCAAAGGAACUCAAUGUCGACUGGCAAAGAGCAGCAGCGAGUCUUCUUGUUGCCAUAGGGUCACAUGAUCCAGACUUGAUGAUGGAGGAAUUAUUUCUUUACUUCGCUGGACCAACUUCUGCUUUGCCAGCCAUGUUACAGAUACUUGCAGAUUUUGCAUCAGCUGAAGCCUUGCAGUUCACCCCACGAUUAAAGGAUGUACUUUUGCGCGUUUUACCUAUCCUGGGAAGUGUACGGGACGCUCAACGACCUGUUUUUGCGAAUGCAUUCAGGUGUUGGUGCCAGGCAGCAUGGCAGUACAUAGGAGAUGCCCCCUCUGAGCUUCCUUUCGAUACUGACGUCAUGUCCUUUAUGAAUUCAGUAUUUGAAUUACUUCUAAAAGUAUGGACAGGUUCGCGUGAUCUAAAGGUGCGGUUGUCUUCUGUUGAGGCUUUGGGAGAAAUGGUUGGUCUUGUCACAAGAUCACAGUUGAAAUCAGCACUGCCAAGGAUCAUACCGACAAUGUUGGACCUAUGUCGGAAAGAUCAAGAAAUUGCUUUUGUUGCAUCUCACAGCCUUCAUAACCUUCUUAAUGCAUCAUUAUUGUCAGAAAGUGGUCCUCCUUUACUUGAUUUUGAGGAGCUUACUGUUGUCUUAAUUACACUUCUUCCAUUAGCAUCGGCCAACAACAGCAAAUUUGAGCAUUCGUAUGUUUCAAAGGGACUGAAGACAUACAAUGAAAUCCAACAUUGCUUCUUGGUAAUUAGUUCAGCAUACCCCGAGGAUUUGUGCAUGUUCCUUUUGAAUAAAUGCAAGUCAAAAGACGAAGCAUCUAUUGUUGGGGCACUUGGCACAAUAAAACAUCUAUUGCCUAGGUUGUUGGAAUCAUGGCAUACUAAGCAAGCGUUACUUGUUGAAAUUGUGAAAUCACUUUUGGAGGAGCAGAGCUUGGGUAUUCGAAUGGCACUAGCUGAGCUAAUUGUUGUUAUGGCUUCACAUUGCUAUUUAAGUGGACAUCCUGCUGAGCUGGCAGUUGAGUUUUUGGUGCGUCAUAGUGCUAUAACUGAUGAUGAUCUGAAUGAUCCUAACACUCUGAAAAACGAGUACUUUCAGGACAAAAGAUUUGAGAUGAAAAUAAGCCUAUCUGGUCUUUCAGAGCUAAGAGCUGUAUGUGAAAAGGGUUUGCUUUUGCUAGCAAUUACCAUUCCUGAAAUGGAGCUUGUUCUAUGGCCAUUUAUCUUGAAACUGAUAAUUCCGAAGAAGUAUACAGGUGCGGUAGCUACGAUCUGCAAAUGCAUAACUGAAUUGUGCAGGCAUAAAUUGUCUCAGACAAACCCACUAUAUACUGAAUUUAAUGCUUCAAAUGAGAUCCCCAAUCCCGAGGAUUUGUUUGCUCGUUUGCUCGUGCUUCUGCACAAUCCACUUGCUAGGGGUCAACUUGCCACACACAUCCUGAUGGUGAUGUGUUACUUGGGUCAACUUUUCCCAAGAAACCUUUCUUUAUUUUUACAAGAUGAGGUCCCUAAGAUGAAAGCUUACAUCGGUGACCCUGAAGACCUUAAGCAAGAUAGCACAUACCAGGAAACGUGGGAUGACAUGAUAAUAAAUUUUUUAGCAGAAUCUUUGGAUGUUGUGAAUGACAGUGAGUGGGUAAUAUCCUUGGGCGAUGCAUUUGCUAGACAAUAUGAUCUAUACGCUACAUGUGAUGGACAUUCUGCUUUGCUGCACAGAUGUUUAGGAAUGCUUCUUCAGAAGGUUGAUGACCGAAUUUAUGUCCGUGAAAAGAUUGACUGGAUGUGUGCACAUUCAAGCAUGUCUAUUCCUAUUAAUCGCCUUGGGCUUGCCCAAGGCAUUGGUCUGGUUGCAGCAUCUCACUUGGAUACAGUUUUGGAGAAGCUGAAGAACAUAUUGGAGAAUGCAGGACAGAGCGCUCUCCAAAGGUUCCUAUCACUUUUCUCAUUGGGAGCAAAAGUUGAGGAUGUUGAUGACACAUAUGCAGCCCUGGCAUUGAUGUAUGGAUAUGCUGCAAAAUAUGCUCCAUCAACAGUUAUUGAAGCCAGGAUCAAUGCACUUGUGGGGACUAAUAUGCUUGGAAGAUUUCUUCAUGUUCAACAUCCUACUGCAAAGCAAGCUGUCAUUACUGCCAUUGACCUUUUAGGCCAAGCUGUUAUUACUGCUGCUGAAAUGGGGAUUUCAUUCCCACUGAAACGAAGAGACCAAUUGCUGGAGUAUGUGCUAACGCUAAUGGGAAGAGAUCAAAAUGAUGACCUUGUUGAUUUCAGCACUGAGCUUCUGCACACUCAAAGUCUAGCUUUAAGUGCCUGUACUACUCUGGUUUCGAUAGAGCCAAGAUUACCUAUGGAAACAAGAAACCGUGUGAUGAAGGCAACACUAGGAUUUUUUGCUUUGCCAACUGAGCCCUCAAACAUUGUUGAGAGCCUCAUAACAAACCUGAUUAUUUUGUUAGGGGCCAUUCUGCUAACUAGUGGUGAAGAUGGUAGAAGUCGAGCAGAGCAGCUCCUGCAUAUUCUUAGGCAGCUUGAUCCAUAUGUUUCAUCUUCUGCCGAACACCAGAGAAGAAGAGGGUGUGCUGCUGUAAAUGAGGUGUUAGUUAAGUUCCGCAAUCUCUGUUCUGGUGGAUUUGGUGUGUUGGGUUCUUAUCCAACAUUCACACUGAACAAACAAAUUGAUCAGGCAGCCCCUAGGAGCUUGUCAAGUUUGCCAUCUGCAUUUGUGUUGCCUACCCGAGAUUCCUUAAGCUUGGGAGAGAGAAUAAUGGCAUAUCUUCCUCGCUGUGCCGAUACAGAUGCUGAAGUCAGGAAAGUUGCUAUUCAGAUACUUGCACUUUUCUUCAACAUUGCAUUGUCACUUCCAAAGAAGAAGGCGUCUGUGAACGACAUUGAUCUGGAGUCUUCAUACAGCGCUUUAUCCUCCCUAGAGGACAUAGUCUCUAUCAUUAGAAGAGAGGCAUCAAUUGACCAGGCCGAAGUAUUUCACAGGGUUGUCUCCUCUCUGUGCGUCCUAUUAUCGAAAGAUGAGCUUGUUGUCUUGCUACACUCCUGUACAUUAGCAGCAUGUGAUAAAGUAAAGCAAUCAUCAGAUGGUUCAAUUCAAGCUAUUAUCAUGUUUAUUAUCAGAAGAGGCAAGGAGCUACGUGAAGCUGACGUAUUGAGGACAACACAAUCUUUGCUGUCGUCUGCAGUCUCGCUUACCAACAAGGAGUCACGCCGAGAAGUUCUCAAUGCUAUAUCGUGCUUAGCAGAAAACACCAAUCACACCGUCGUGUUUAAUGAAGUUCUAUUUGUGGCUGGGCGGGAUAUUUGUACAAAGGACAUAGCAAGAAUUCGUGGUGGCUGGGCUAUACAGGAUGUUUUUCAUGCAUUCUCCCAGCAUAAGGUGCUAGCUAUUCUUUUUCUGGAGUACAUUUUGUCUAUACUUCACAAGGAACCUGUGGCAACAAAUGAUUCAGAAAAGGGGGAGAUCACCUCUGAGUCAUCAGCUGAUGACUGUAUUCUACAAGCAACUAUGUUUGCUCUAAAUGCAUUUCUGAGGGGUGGUGGAAAGAUUGGGAAACAAGCAGUUGAACAAAGUUACCCUUCUGUUCUUUCUGCCCUUAUACUGAAGCUGGGAAGUCUUCAUGGUCUUGCUGAAUUGGGCCGGAAUGAACUUCUACGAUCAUUAUUAAUUGCGUUUCAGUCAUUUUGUGACUGUGUUGGUGAUAUUGAGAUGGGAAAGAUAUUAGCCCGUGAUGGCGAACAAACUGAGAAGGAGAAGUGGAUUGAUCUUGUUCAGGAGGUUGCAUGCAGUUCCUCAGUAAAGAGGCCCAAAGAGGUUUUGCCAACUUGCAGCAUCUUAAGCAAAGCUCUCAACAAAAACCAGAGGGCUGAAAGGGAGGCUGCAGCAGCCGCACUGUCAGAAUAUAUUAGACACAGUGAAAAAGAACCUAUAUUGCUUGACCAAAUGGUUCUGGAGUUGUGUCAACAUGUCUCUGAUGACUCGCCAACUGUCAGGAGUCUCUGCCUACGUGGGCUUGUGCAGAUACCUGAGAGCUGUAUUCCUAAAUACAUCCAGCAAGUCUUAGGGGUAAUAUUAGCAUUACUUGAAGACACCAAGGAGUCUGUUCAAUUAACUGCUGUCCAGUGCUUGUUAACUGUUCUUAAUGUGUCAGAACAAGAUGCCAUUGACCCAGUUUUAAUCAAUCUUUUAGUAAGGCUACGCAAUCUCCAGGUUUCGAUGAAUACGAAAAUGAGGUCCAAUGCGUUUGCAGUUUAUGGUGCUUUAAGUGCCUAUGGUGUAGGUUCACAGCAGUUUCUUGAGCAGAUUCAUGCCACUCUUCCUCGCUUGAUCCUCCAUCUUCACGAUGAUGACCUAAGCGUUCGCCUUGCCUGUCGGAAUACGUUCCAACUCCUAGCGCCUUUGAUGGAAGUAGAUGGUUUGUCUUCACUCCUCAGCAAAAAAUAUUUCACCUCUGAUCGCCGUUCGGAUUAUGAGGACUUCAUUAGGGACUUAACAAGGCAACUCUGUCGACUAUCUCCUGCCAGAGUCGACAGCUACUUUGAAUCUGCUAUCCAGGCGUUUGAUGCACCUUGGCCAGUCAUCAAAGCAAAUGCAGUUUGCUUGGUGAGCUGCAUGCUAUCCUUUUUAGAUGAUCAACGGUUCCUCGCUCCUUACUUCUCCCAGGUGUUUGCUAUUUUGGUCGGUAGACUGAGCCAAUCACCAGAUGCAGUUGUUCGAGCAGCAUCAUCUUCUGCACUGGGCCUUCUGAUAAAGAGGUCUAACGUGGUUAAGACGUUGACUCCGAAAUUUGAUCGGGCUGAUUCAUCCCAGAAUUUUCAACAUGGAGAUACUCGUACGAAAACAUCAUCCGAGCCUCAACAGGAGACUAUAGAUAUGCCAAACGAUACACAACGAGAGCCAUAAAGAUGGUCAAAACCAAUCUCUGCUAGAUGUAACUCUGUAAAUCGUGUAUGUACGGUUUAGUCGUGCAUGUGCAUGACUGUAGAUAAUAGAAGAGUUUUUGUGUAGGACAUGCCAAUAGGCUUUCGGUAGCGAGUGGCGGCUGUACAGAAAUCCGUCACGUUCGUUGAUUGUUAUUUCUUUUAUUGAUUGAAUUCGCUCAGCAGUAAGCAUGUAAAAAGAUACCUCAGUGUCUUGUGUGGGUGAUAUGUGUGGAUCAGUGGAUGGAUCGACAUGCUUGUUCGCGACGAAUAACUACAAAAUUUAGUGCCACCGUGAGGCUA